GUGUUAUUGAAAAAUGUCGCCCAAUUUCAUCUAGUAAAAAUGGAUAUAAAAUGUUCUAUAUUAACCAAACCCCGCUUCUCAAUGUUGGAAGGUAAGAUAGAUCAUCGUAUUCUCGAAGGAAUAAAGGACAUGGGUAUUGAGAAACCGACAAGAAUUCAGGCAGAGACUUUGCCUCACUUGAUGCUGCAUAAAGAUUUGAUCGGGACUGCGCAAACUGGUAGCGGCAAGACUUUGGCGUUCCUUAUUCCCACUAUUGAUGGUUUAAUUAGACUCAAGUUCACUAGAAAACAUGGUACUGGCUGCAUCAUUCUUUCGCCUACUAGAGAGUUAGCAUUGCAAACUUACCAAGUUAUGAAGAAAUUAUUAAGUAGUAUAGAUUUGUCACAUGCAUUGAUUGUGGGCGGAGAAAAGAAAAUGAAAGAUAUUGUAGCUUUAAAGAAAGGAGCAAACAUACUAGUGAGCACUCCAGGAAGACUUCUAGAUCACCUGCAGAGCACUGCAGGUUUCAACUGCAAGAACUUGCAAUAUCUUGUUGUGGAUGAAGCUGAUAAACUGCUGGAAGCUGGCUUUGAGAAACAUGUUACAGGAAUUAUAAAUCUAUUGCCAAAAAAGAGGCAAACAAUGUUAUUUAGUGCAACAAUAGAUGAAAAAGUAAAAAACCUCAUUAAACUGGCUUUAACAACAGAUCCUGUCUGGAUAUCUGUGAAGGAUGAUAAUCAGUCUACAGUAACAGGUCUACAGCAAGGAUAUUACAUAUGUCCAAUCAAUGAAAGAAUAGCAUGGCUAUACAAAAUGCUAAGGAAAUGUAAAAAACUGAAAGUUAUGAUAUUCUUUUCUUCGUGUAAGUCUGUAGACUUCCAUUAUGAAUUCUUUAAAUGCCAUUGCCAAGCAAAUGUUUUGAGUAUUCAUGGCAAACAAAGUCAAUCCCGAAGAAAAGAAGCCUACCAUAGUUUCGUAGAAGCGCAAAACGGCACAUUGUUCUGUACUGACGUCGCGGCGAGAGGCUUAGAUAUUCCGAGGGUGGAUUGGAUUGUUCAAUACGAUCCCCCCACAGAUCCCAAGGAAUACAUUCAUAGAGUAGGUCGAACAGCUAGAGGACUAAACAAAACAGGAAAUGCAGUUAUAUUGCUAAGACCAGAAGAAGAAAACUUCGUAAAUUUCCUAAGAAAAGAAAACAUUUAUUUGGACAAGUACUCGUUUGGGGACCUGCCUCACGAUGUUCAAGCAAUGCUAGAAGGUCUUAUAAAGAGAAAUGGCGUAAUGAAAACAUUAGCUCGCAAAGCAUACUUGUCUUUCCUUAGAUGCUACAAGUCACAUCCUUUGAAGAAAAUAUUUAAUAUAAAAACCUUGGAUUUGAAACUAGCGGCACAAGCGUUUGGGUUUUUAGAACAACCUCAUGUUGAUUUUUGUAUCCUUUUAUAUUUUGUUAUUUAUUAUUGUAUCUAAAUAUUGAAAUCCUGAAAAUUCUACCAUACUUCUCGGCAUAAUAUUUUAAAGGUGCAAGAAUAAUCACGUCAAAUGAGUCUCAGUGAUUUCAAGAAGAAAAGUUAUAAACUUUAAUGAUAAAAGCCAUAAAAUGCCUAUGUUGAGAAACUAAUCAAUCAUUUGUAUCCAUGGAGUAUAUAUGUAAGUAUCCACUUGGUGACGUUUCAUGGCUUUGAUUAUAGAAAUAUAAAAAUACGGUAGCGGGCUAAAUUGAAAGGUUACACACUCCUCUUUUGAGAGCUAAAAUUGAAUAGAA